CCAGAACACUCUCAGUAUCCAUCAAAAGAAGUGCGACUUGUAUGCUCCUUACGCGUGGUCGAAUGUGAACAGGCAGCAAAGAUUUGUGAAAUGUGCUGUGAAGCUGUGUUGACACGCUCAGUUCAGUCUAGACUUCAGUGUCAUGGCUUGGUGUGAUCGCAGAGUUCAGACAGUUUUGACGAGCCUGGGCGCGCUCGCGGCGAUCAGCCUGAUGAGUGUAGCGAUCGGAACCGACUACUGGCUCUACUCUAGAGCACACAUCUGCAACACAACCAGCAACUCAACAGACGAAACCCAAAACCUGCUGCUGCCAAAGAAAACUCGGGGAGAUCUGACGCAUUCCGGACUAUGGAAGAUCUGUUGUAUCGAAGGGAUCAACAAUGGCAGCUGCUACUGGAUCAAUCAUUUUUCUGUGGAGGACUAUGACACAGAAAACUCAGAAUACAUUCUCCGUUUAGUUCGAGCAUCCAGUCUUUUCCCCAUUCUGAGUACCAUCCUGCUUCUUUUGGGAGGAGUUUGUGUUGGGAUAGGUCACAUUUACAGCAGCAGAAAUAACAUUACCCUGAGUGCAGGAAUCCUUUUUGUAUCUGCAGGUCUCAGCAAUAUUAUUGGCAUCAUCGUCUACAUCUCCAGUAAUGCUGGAGACCCCGGUGACAAGAAAGGAGAAGAUAAGAAAAACCUAUACAGCUAUGGGUGGUCCUUCUACUCAGGUGUACUCUCCUUUAUUCUAGCUGAGACCAUUGCUGUGUUGGCAGUUAACAUCUACAUUGAAAAGAACAAAGAGGUUCAUUUCAAGCACUUUGUGUUUAAUAAAACUACCCCUUCCCCCUCAUCCUCUAUUUACACAACUAUCCCAAGCUAUCAUUACAAACAACAACGGUCCCAUUCCUGUUCUCAAUCCAGAGAUCCAUUUAAAAACACCUCCCCUGUCACACACGGUGUCAUCAGCUCUUCGCUGCCUUUGGUGGAUAUUUCUAUGUAUGCGUUAGGGGGAGAACAUCCACUGCUGGUAGGUGGUCAGGUGUCCUAUAAUACUGAUCUUCAGCACCACAACUUCAGGAAAUUUCACAAUCACAUCCCAAAAGAUGUGAAAGACAAUUUGAAUCGCAGGAUUACUCCUGUUUAGAGGUGUAGUUGUUUGAUCCAUUUAAUAUUAUUUACAGAUUUUGUCAAUCACUUUGGCUCACCCCCCCUCCCCUAAAAAAAAGAGUAAAGCUGCGGUCACAUUA